AUGAGCUUCUCUAUCACGUUCACCGAGCUGGUCAACGUAGCCAUCCCACAGUGUGGGGUCGUGAACUUCAAGGCCCUUCAUCUCCUGCUGCAGGGCAUCUUGGAGCAUAUCCAAAUAGCUGAGCUCAAGAAAGUCCUUUCAGGGGAAGAGGACUUCCUUCAAUCCUCACCAGCGGUGUUUAUGCCCAGGGAGGGAGAUGCCCAGCCUAUCAUCAACCCAAUGAAGAGGCUUAGCAACAUCUUUGACCAAGUGGUAGACCGAAUCGAAAAGAUAGAGUGCAAACUGGCUGAGAUGCAGGACAUACCCACCACCUCACAGCUGGUAGAGGACAGCCAUGGGGACAAGCGGCCCGCUGAGGAGAUGUGGAAUAAUAUCAAGAUCCAGAAGAGGAUAGAGGGCAAUGAGAAAGCCACAGAAAAGUUUACCAGGACUCUGCAGGAUCUGCUCAGCGACCUUCAUGUCCUCAAGAGCUCUGUGGCGACUAUUCAGAAGGAUGUGGACACAAUCAAGUUUAUAUUUGAAAAGGUAAACCCACAAAAAUUGGAACUUCUUGGUGAUGACUUGAAAACACAGAGCCGGAAGUUGGGUGCCCUGCAGCGGGAAGUGGUUACCCUCCAGAACAAGGUUCGAGCUGUCCCCCAACCUGAGGAGAUGGUGCUCUGGAGUGGCCUCCAUGAGGCCAUGUUCAGUCCGGAACAGCAGAAGCUGGAAAUGGAGCAGUCCGGAGUCUGGCAGAGCAUGGUCUCUCUGCCAGAGUCUCCUUUGGAGCAGCCUGAGGAUGCUGGCUACAUCCAUAUCCCCAUCCACAGUGCCACCCCUGUGCCCACCAUGGUGCAGUUUGGAACCACAGGAGCCCUCAGGGAAGAGGAGCUCACUCGGGCUGAAGAACUUGCUGACUCCCAGAGGCUAGAGCGGGCUCAGGCCUCUGUGUCUCUGACACAGAGUCUGAGACAAGCUGCCCCUGCCGCCGCCCCCGCCCCCACUGCCGCCCCCGCCCCCACCCCUGUCCCUGUCCCUGUAUUUGUGCCUGGGCCUGAUUUCAUGCCAGUCUAUGGGCCUAGACCUGGAAUGGCUACCCCAAGUGCAUGGGCCUUACCAAGAGGCUGGGCUAGGGGUAACGUUCAGCCUAUGUGGAAUAUGGGUCCCUACCAGCCUGGCCAAGGUCCACUUCAGCCUAUGGGUCCGACGCCCAGGGUUCCCUUCCCAGCCAUGGGAAGUGGCAUACUAUGGAGUCAGUCACUGCCCCAAGAGCCCCAGUGGUACCCAGAAACUGAAGAAAAAGGGACUGAAUAUGAGGAACAGUACCUGGAAGGCUAUCAGGAGGAGAUGCCCAUGGAUGAGGCUCCCCAGGAAGAGAUGGCUGUGUAUGGGGCUCUUGAGGAAGAGGUCCCUACAGAAGGGGUUCCUCAGGAUGGGAUUCCCAAGGGAAGAGCUCGGGAGAGGAUUCCCAAGGGAAAGGUCCCCAAGUACAAAAUCCCCAAGGAGAGGGUUUCCUAUCACAAAGCCCCCAAGGAUGUGACCCCCGAAGACUCAGACACCAAAGAUGAGGUUCCUGAAGUCAAAGUCCUCAAAAAGGUGGCCUACAAAGACAGACCUCAGAAGGACAAGGCCCUGGAACCACGCCAUAAGGGCCCUUCAUCUGCCAUAAGGAAGCUGAAGUCUGCUAUUGCCACAGCUGCAGCAGCUGCAGCUGCCUACGCGGCCCACGCAAACUCAGCUGCCCAGCUUGCCAAAGAUGCUGUGAAGGCCAUCCAGGACGUUCCUGCGAGCCAGCUGGCCACCAAGGCAGCAUUGAUUGCAUCAUCAGGGCCUUUAGGGGCCUUUGCAGAUUUCCUGGGUGCAGGAUUUGGCCACGGGGCCACUUCCAGCAUACCCUUCGGUGAGGGUGAGUUGGAAGGGUUUCCUGAAGAGUUCGCAGCACCCUUUAACCCCUUCACAUCCAAACCGGUCCUGUCCCAGGCCAUGAUAAAUGCCAUGCAGGCUACGAGUCCUGAAGAAAAGAAAAAGGCUGUGCAGUACUCCAUGAGCCACAUUGCCCAGAUGCCCAGCAGGCAUAACUCCCUGAAGGAAGAGUUUACAAACCUGUCAACCACCUUAAACCAACGCUUAAAUUACUUAGCUAACAUGGGAAGCUCUGGCGUACUUGGUAGCACAGUAAAUGUGCUGGAAGAAAAGAUUAUUAACCUUCAGAAGGCCAGGCUGCAGGAAGAAGAGCUGGAGAGAGUUUGGGGCCACCAGAUAGAUACGAUGAAGAGUCACUACACAGUGCUGGACAGGGCAGUGGAAAGGCUCCAGAUUCGAAUGGAUGACCUGAAGGUCCUCAAGGCAGAGAUCGAAAGGUUGGACCUGGUUAAGGCAGAUAAACGGGUGAUGGAUCUGGAGCUGAAUGAAAAAGCUAACAGGGACGCAUUGGCAAGCAAGGCAAACCGAGUGGACUUGGAGACAGCAGCGAUGGAGCUGAAUGAGAUGAUUCACAGCGUGCUCUUGAAAAUCACAAACUACGAGUCUGACUGGAAGAAGGCUCUGAAACAUAUCAGGAAGGACAUGAACACUAAGCUAGUCCAGAGCGAUCUGAAUAGCCUGAAGAAGGACAUAGAAGAGGUCUGGAAGGUCGUCCGGAAGCUUCUGCUAGAAGGUCUCAGAUUUGACCCUGACAGCGCUGCAGGCUUUAAGAAGAAAUUGUUCGAGAGGGUGAAGUGCAUCUCCUGCGACAGGCCCGUAGAGAUGAUGACUGGCCCACAGCUGAUCACCAUCCGCAACACCCCUGGGCUGUCCCGAAUAAGGCCAGCCAGUGCCAACAGCUACGAGUAUCUGCAGCGGCAGCUGAUGAGGGAACAACAGCAGCAGCUGCAUUUCCAGAACUUUGGAGUCCAUGAGGAGGGUCAGGGCUUCCAGAAGGACUGGGGUGAUGGGCCCCGAAAUGAGAACAUCUUGAAGCACAAGUCACAUGACCUGUCAACACUCUAUCCUUAUGGGGACCCUGAGCUGAUGGACUAUGACACUGCGGAGGUGGACAUCUUGGGAGUAGACGGAGUUCUGUACAAAGGCCGAAUGAGCAGCCAGUUUGGGACUCGGGCUGGGGAGAAGGACAUUGCAGCUGUGAAAGUUUCAUAUUACACCAUUCCAAACCUGACUGAUCGAGUGCGCCCAGGAUCCUUACUUGCUCCGGGCUAUCCACCCUUGGUCUCCCGCACCAGUAUCACCUCUGCCACCACUCUACACUCUGCCACCAACAUCACGACGGCACGGCCACCAUCCCUGCCACCAGUGCCACAGCUACCACCAUUGAUCCCUGUCUCAAGGGAUACCCAAGAGGCCCCUGGAUCUGCCAAGCGCUUGAAAUCUCCACGGCUGUAGCACACCAACCUGUGAAACCCAAGCCUGAGACCCAACUA